CCACUGGGUGCAUGACCAAGAAAAUUAGUGCAGUCUUGCAGGGAUUUGGUGCAGUUUUCCAGAGAAAAAUGGCGAAGCCUGUUGGAGAACCUGAAGUGGAUCUGAUUGAUCCAGAGGAAUCAUGUAUCACUGAAACUGAUCUGGUUUCUCUUCCUGAACCUAAACUGGAUCCGGUUGAUCCAGAGGAAUCCUGUGUCAGCCCAAAAGAAAAUACCAACGUGAUGAAGAUUAAGAAAGUCCAUGGCUUCGUCAUGACCAAGAGAACGGAAUAUGCUACAGUGAGGAACACAAAGAAAAUCAGUACUUUCCUCCAGAACGACAGACCAAAGCAUGUUGGAGUCUCAGCAUGGCCAGAGCCUGACCGGAGCGCUCCUGAGCCAGAACCUGAAGAGGAUCUAGAUGAUCCUCCUGAAAAUGAUUGGGAUCUGGCUGCUCCGGAGGAAUCCUGUGCACCGGGUGCAAGCUUUCCUGAGCCGGAAUCUAAAGUGGCAUCCGAGCUUUCAAUGUUGGAAGACUACGUCCCUCUAAACGUUUUCCAAUUGGAGGAUUGUUUGAAGAAAUUCACACCGCUCAAACAAAGACAUGUGACUAACGUCUGGCCCAGGGUCUUCAUCGGAGAUGAAGAGAUAGCAACCGACCGAGACGCGCUGCCGGAGAUGUGCAUCACUCACAUCCUCAUUGCUGCAGCCCCAAAGAAGCAACUUAAGUACUUUUUGGGAAGAUUUAAUGAUGAAGACAUACAAGGAUCGGUCAAUACAGGGUCCAGAUAUUACAGAGGGUUGCACAUCAAUUAUUACAGCUUGCCUACAGCAGACAGACGCUGUUCUGACAUCAGCAAGUACUUCAUGCCAGCUGCACAAUUCAUUGACAAGGCCCUGGAUAAACGAGCGAGUAAGGUGCUGAUUUGCUGCAAGCAGGGCGUGGAGCACUCGGUGACUUUUCUGGCGUAUCUGAUGAUCUGUCAUGACAUGAUGGUGGAGGAGGCCAUCGAUCACGUCAUAAAGUCGAGACGCAUCUGGCUCUCCAGAGACGUCCUGAAGAAGCUGAUGCUUCUCAAUGCUGACCUUGUGCAGCAGAGACAGCUAAAGCUGCGGGACAUGAAAACAGGCAGAAAGAGGAACAAUUGACAGCUAAAAAAAGAAGAGCACAGAUAUAAAUAAAAUGUGCACAGAUAAAAAACAGCAAGUCUCUAAGAAAAUCCAUAAAUAUAGGGCACAGCUCUGUAUAAAUUUGAAGGAAUUAAUUUUUUAACCCAUAUUUAUUUUUUACCAGUGUUUUUAACCCGUAUUUUGAAUUUUGCAUUUUAUUGCGUUGUGUUUCAGGGUUAAUGGAAAUUAACAGCGAAUAAUUAAUAGAUAAUGUCCUGGUAA